AUGUUCUUCACUCUGCGCUACAGCUUAUUAGCACGUCAUGAAUCUACAUUAGUCAUUGCAGAACAUAACAAUGAAUCGCUAUUGCCUAUUACGUGCAAUGCAUUGAGCGCAGCAAAGAAAAUUGGUGGCGAUGUGACAGUUUUGGUUGCUGGCACUAAAUGCGAUGCAGUUGCUCAAAGUGUUAGCAAAGCCAGUGGAAUAUCCAAAGUCUUGGUAACAGAUAACGAGGCUUUUAAAGGAAUGCUUCCAGAGGCAUUGACUCCUCUUAUCCUUGCGGCACAGAAUGAGCAUAAAUUUACUCACAUCAUAGCUGGUGCAACUGCUUUUGGUAAAGCAUUGUUACCCAGAGUAGCAGCUAAAUUAGAUGUGUCUCCAGUCAGCGAUGUUAUUAGUAUCAAAGCACCGGACACGUUCGUUCGCACGAUCUAUGCAGGGAAUGCGGUUCAAACUUUAAAGUGCAAAGAUAACGUAAAAGUAGUUUCGAUCAGAGGUACUGCGUUCGAGCCAGUACCUCUGGAAGGAGGCAGUGCUAAAUGCGAGCCAGCACCGGCUGGUGAUUACAAGUCACAAUUGGUAGAGUUCGUCAAACAGGAAUUGUCUAAAUCCGAUAGACCAGAGUUAGCGUCUGCGAAGAUCGUUGUUUCUGGUGGUAGAGGAUUGAAGUCUGGAGAAAAUUUCGAAUUAUUGUACAAACUAGCGGAUAAACUUAACGCUGCGGUCGGUGCAUCUCGUGCUGCAGUGGAUGCUGGCUUUGUGUCGAACGACUUACAAGUGGGACAGACUGGGAAGAUCGUCGCACCAGAUCUAUAUAUCGCCGUCGGUAUUUCUGGCGCGAUUCAACAUCUUGCUGGUAUGAAAGACUCGAAAACGAUUGUUGCAAUAAAUACUGAUCAAGAGGCUCCAAUUUUCCAAGUAGCCGACUUUGGCCUGGUCGCUGAUCUGUUCAAGGCNNNAUUGAUUAUUUUAGUUUUUAAAUUUUUGUGUCUUUAG